UUGUUUCCGGCCGGACGGCCGAAAGCCACCGAUCCUGAACCAGCCUCUGGAGUCGGAGUGGCGACCCGGUGUGGAGCCGGCGGAAAGCCAUUGGGAAGAGGCCAGCUCCGGUCACUCCGGCUUGGCUCCAGCUCCAUCUCCUGUGGAGAGCAACAGCCGCGCUCGCAGUGUCCGCCUCCGCCUCCAUCGUCGUCGGGGGAGGGGCCGCUCGGACCCUGGGGUCACUGCCGAGGAAUGAGGCGAGGCGACCGGGCCCCGCGCUCCGCCCCGGCCUAGAGCCUUGCCCUGAGAGUCGCGAGGUGCACCAGCCUGUGGAAAAAUCGCAAGACUAUGGCGGGGUUCUGCUCAAAAGCCUGUGGUCAGAGCCUGGAUUUUCAUCUAUGUUCUGCUUACAUCCUGCUGUCUGAGAGUACUUGAUGAUCCCAUGACCCUGGACAUGGAUGCUGUCCUGUCGGAUUUUGUUCGUUCCACAGGUGCAGAGCCAGGGCUGGCUCGAGAUCUUCUAGAAGGAAAGAACUGGGAUGUGAGUGCUGCCCUCAGUGAUUUUGAACAGUUGCGUCAAGUCCAUGCUGGGAACCUGUCCCCACCCUUUAGUGGAGGGAGUACUUGCCCUAAGACCCCUGAAAAAGGGGGUUUGGAUAGAGAGCCCACUCGCCCUUCUCGACCCAUCCUUCAGAGACAGGAUGACAUCAUUCAAGAAAAACGCCUGUCUAGGGGCAUCUCCCACGCCAGCUCCAGCAUUGUUUCCCUGGCCCGAUCCCAUGUCUCCUCCAAUGGUGGGGGUGGGGGGAGCAGUGAGCACCCCCUGGAAAUGCCCAUCUGUGCCUUCCAGCUUCCAGAUCUCACUGUGUACAAAGAAGACUUCCGCAGCUUCAUAGAGAGAGACCUCAUUGAGCAGUCCAUGCUGGUUGCCUUGGAACAGGCAGGGCGUUUGAAUUGGUGGGUCAGUGUGGACUCCACCUGCCAGAGGCUGCUCCCUUUAGCAACUACCGGGGAUGGGAACUGCCUCCUGCAUGCAGCCUCUCUUGGGAUGUGGGGUUUCCAUGAUAGAGACUUGGUGCUGAGGAAAGCGUUGUACGCACUGAUGGAGAAGGGGGUCGAGAAGGAAGCACUGAAAAGGCGCUGGCGAUGGCAGCAAACACAGCAGAAUAAAGAGUCAGGACUGGUGUAUACGGAAGAUGAGUGGCAGAAGGAAUGGAAUGAAUUGAUCAAACUUGCCUCAAGUGAACCCAGAAUGCAUCUGGGUACCAACGGAGCCAGUGGUGGUGGAGUGGAGAGUUCAGAGGAGCCAGUAUAUGAGAGCCUAGAGGAAUUUCAUGUCUUCGUCCUUGCUCAUGUGCUCAAGAGGCCUAUAGUGGUUGUGGCAGACACCAUGCUGAGGGACUCUGGAGGGGAAGCAUUUGCCCCUAUCCCCUUUGGAGGGAUCUAUCUGCCAUUGGAGGUCCCAGCCAGCCAGUGUCAUCGAUCCCCUCUGGUGCUCGCCUAUGAUCAGGCCCACUUCUCUGCACUUGUGUCGAUGGAGCAGAAGGGCAAUGCCAAGGAACAAGCUGUGAUCCCGCUCACAGAUUCAGAGCAUAAGCUGCUGCCCCUGCACUUUGCUGUGGACCCAGGAAAGGGCUGGGAGUGGGGCAAAGAUGAUAAUGACAAUGUCCGAUUGGCCAGUAUAAUUCUGUCUCUGGAGGUGAAGUUACAUCUGCUGCAUAGCUAUAUGAAUGUGAAAUGGAUCCCACUAUCUUCUGAUUCACAAGCUCCUCUGGCCCAGCCUGAGUCCCCCACAGCCUCAGCUGGAGAUGAACCCAGGUCCACUCCUGAGUCCGGGGAAUCAGACAAGGAGUCAGUUGGCAGCAGUUCUAUCAGCAAUGAGGGCAGCAGGCGGAAGGAAAAGUCAAAGCGCGACCGGGAAAAGGACAAGAAGAGAGCAGAUUCCGUGGCUAACAAACUGGGCAGCUUUGGCAAGACCUUGGGCAGCAAGCUUAAGAAGAAUAUGGGGGGCCUAAUGCAUAGCAAGGUCCCCAAGCCUGGAGGGCUGGGGAGUGGGUCUGGAAUAAGCAGUGGUACGGAGACAUUAGAGAAGAAGAAGAAGAACAACGCACUGAAGAGCUGGAAGGGUGGCAAGGAGGAGGCGGCUGGGGAUGGGCCCGUGUCUGAGAAGCCCACGUCUGAGUCUGUUGGCAAUGGAGGGAGCAAGUAUAGCCAGGAGGUGAUGCAAAGCCUGGGCAUUAUGAGGAUCGCGAUGCAAGGGGAGGGCAAAUAUAUUUUUGUUGGAACCCUGAAGAUGGGCCACCGGCACCAAUAUCAGGAGGAGAUGAUCCAACGCUACCUUGCAGAUGCUGAGGAGAGAUUCCUGGCAGAGCAGAAGCAGAAGGAGGCUGAAAGGAAGAUCAUGAAUGGAGGGUUAGUUAGUGGGCCUCCUCCAGCCAAAAAGCCAGAGCCGGACGGUGGGGAGGACCAGCCCAAUGACUCCCCAGCAGAGUCCAAGGCAAUGGCCUUCUCUACUGGUUACCCUGGGGGCUUUACUAUUCCUCGACCUUCUGGGGGUGGAGUCCACUGCCAGGAACCCCGGAGGCAGUUGGCAGGGGGUCCAUGUGUAGGGGGCCUUCCAUCAUAUGCCACCUUUCCCAGACAGUACCCUCCUGGGCGACCCUACCCCCACCAGGACAGCAUCCCAUCUCUGGAGCCAGGCAAAGACGGAGUUCACAGGGGUGCCUUGUUACCACCCCAGUUCCGUGUGGCUGAUUCCUAUAGCAAUGGCUACAGAGAGCCCCCUGAGCCAGAUGGAUGGGCUGGAGCUCCCCGGGGACUUCCCCCAACCCAGACCAAAUGCAAACAACCGAACUGCAGCUUCUAUGGACACCCUGAGACAAACAACUUCUGCUCUUGCUGUUACAGGGAAGAACUGAGGCGGAGGGAACGGGAACCUGGUGGGGAACUGCUGGCGCACAGGUUCUGAAUGGCUAGAACCUUAGUGGGGAAAGGGGCUAAACAAAGAACGUUAAGCUCAACUCUGGCUCAUCAGGGGCAAGUGCAGAGAUGUGUGGGAGCUGGAGUGCUGGCAGGCUGGCAAGAGCAGGACAGGGCUAGCACUGCCCCGAGGGCAGGACUGCUCCUGUGCACAGUUGACUUGAGACUGCAAGGCAGAACCUCUUGUGUCCCAAUCCCAGGGCCCAAGGGAAAGUAGGGAAAUACUAGGUGUGUGUGGGUGGGAGGUGGGUGGACACCUUCGGGGAGGAACCUGGAAAGAAAGUUCUCAGUCAGUUAAGGAAAAAAUAGACCAAAGUUCAUUGACUUUAGGAAAAAAGCACAUGGUGGUGUAGUUGGGAGUAUAGAGUCAAUCUGAGAUAUGGAACACAUUUGAUUUGGUUUGAAUUAGGUAGAUAUUAGGGUUGGCUAAAUUCUUCCUGAAGGAUCAAGGCAGUAAUGUAUGUGCUUGGCCUGGUUACACAGAAAGGGUCGUUUAAAUCCCAGUGAAUGGAAAUAGGAAAGGGGAAUUCUUUCCUAGAGAGUUUUAUGUUCUUCUAGAUAUUCAUCUGUCAUCCAUUCUAGUUUUAGGGGGAGACUACCUGUUCCCCCAUCUUUCCCUCAUCUUUUUAAGGACUAAGCUCAGCUAAGUUAAGAUGUGAUUUAUUUUUAUUUUUAUUUUACUUUAAUAGCAAGUUCCCUUUGGGAAAGAGAAGAGUGGUAAGAAGUGGACUUGUAUGUGGGAUUUUCUUCAGGUGAACGGGUGCAAAGUGAUGGAAUUUUUAACUACUUAGCAAUAACUCCAUGUGAGUUUGAAUACACUUGAGAAGGGCUGGAGGAGGCCAGAUGUGUGGCUAGACUGUUUGAAACAAUACCAAAAACCUCUGUAGAGCACUGUCCUCUGCUGCUGUGUUUCUGUAGAAAACAACCUAUUUUACUGACUAAUUUUUUAAAGAAAAACAUGACCCUGACAAAAUUUAAAAAUGACUUACUUCCCUCUUUUAGCUAAGUGAUUUUUUUUCUCCUUCCUGUCAACUUCUGGAGAAUGAACUUAACAUCCUGGCUUCUUUUGUUAAGCCAUAGCUGACCUUAAUCUGUGGUUAGUUUAUUAAAAUAAUAAAAGUACUUUGUAAGAAGAAUUAUUUUUGAUAUUAGGACUGGUGUUGAAGCAUGGGAUGGGGCUAGGGGCCACGUAAGAAGGUAGCUAGAAAAAUACAUCUUAGUGGAUUGUAGCCACGGGCCACAGAGUAGUCCGUGAACCACGGAGUAGUCUGUGAGCCACAGAGUAGUCCAUGGGCCACAGAGUAGUCCACGGGCCACAGAGUAGUCCAUGGGCCACAGAGUAGUCCCAGGGAGCUGACCUACCUUUGGAUUUCUCCCUUUUUCUGAGCCAGCCCUGUUCUCCAGAGGGGUAGGGGUGGACCCAGUGCUGAGAGCUCCCUUGCAAUUUGCACAAAGCACAAGUCUGGACAGCUUAUGCUCUGACCAGAGCUGUUUCUAAGAGCUUUAAACCUGAAGACUAUCCUGCACCAAUUGUCCUUUCUCCUUAUUUUUUUCCUGGGGAAAAAUCAUCUAUGCAAUUCUAUACACUUGUGGAUGCAAAUGAAGAAGGGGUGGGAGUGUACUGCAUGUGUCCAGAGUGUUACCUGGGGCUAUUUCUGGGCUCCGAUUUUUCUGCUGAGGUAUGUCAUCGCCCACUAAUGGAAUGUAAUCCCAGCAUUUGAUUUAAGUCACAAAUGGCUAUAUGUGCGUGUGUGUGUGUGUGUGUGUGUGUGUGUGUGUGAAAGAGAGAGAGAGAGAGAGAGAGAGAGAGAGAGAGAGAGAGAGAGAGAGAGAGUGAGAGUGUGUUGGGACUCCUCUGCAUGUUUCUUCUGUCUAGUCAGGAAAAUGAUCACACACCUCUCUUUGGUAACAAAGCUAGUCAAGACUUCUUUAUGGAAUUACUAAGUUUAAGAAGUUGUCCCCCACCCACUCAAAAAGUUUGAAAGUCACUCACUUCCAAGUCUGCCAAUCUGUUGAUUUAAGAAUUUCCCUUUUGUUGUUGUUGUUGUUGUUGCUGUUGUUUUCUUUGCUAUGUAGCCCUGGCUAACCAGCCUGGUACUUGUUAUAUAACCUAAGUUAGCCUCCAAUUCAUAGCAACCCUCCUGCCUCAGUCCUCUGAGUGCUGAUAUCUAGGCAUGAGCUUUCUUCAGGCUGAAACCAGUCUGAGGCAAGUAUUUCUGGUAAGUGCAUAAUUUAAAGGUCUACUAGGAAAUGAGGGUUGUUUUUGUUUUGUUUUGUUUUGUUUUGUUUUGUUUAGGAAGGAUUCUAUACUGUAGCCCAGGCUGGCCUUAAAUGUAUGAUCUUGCUUCAAACUUUCCAAGUGCUGGGAUCACAUCAUACCAGACUUUUUUUUUUUUUUUUAAAACUUCAGUAUAUAAACAUAUUAAAAACCCAGGUUGAACAAAAUAUCGAAAUCUUAGGAUGUAACAGGAAUGGUGUUAUGGUGAAAGAAGUGAGAGCCCUCAAUUGAACAAGUCUGAGGACAAACCCUGUCUACUUAAGUUGUGAUAGGUUCAUAAAGGUGUUUUUACAUUUUUUAUUUUUAUUUUUUUAAAUACUGCAUCAAGAUAGUAUUUAUCUUGACUGGUGAAUUUUAAGCACUCCUUCAGUUUUUCUCCCAGUGAAUGGUGAAUGAAUGCCUCGUGCCUUGCUGUCAUCAUCUUAAUCUUGUCCCAGUUUCUGAAGCUUGAAUGCCACAGGUGAAACCUUCACCGGGAGCCCCUCUUCCUGACUGCAGACAUCCUGUGUGCACUGCUGGCACCCUUCUCCUGCAGCACACACAGGAUGCCAGCCUGGGUGGGUGGGAAUGCAAACAGCCCAGCAGGGGUUUCCUGGAGAAUAAAACCAAGGAAUUCCAUCUCCAUUGGACUGCUGUGUUUGGACUUGAUCUGUUAUUAGAUUGUAUUAACACUCCUGUUUUUAAAAACUGAGGACAAAUGAAGAGAAUCAGAAACCUUGUAUCAUGUUUGUUUUUAUUUAUAUGGUACCCAAUCUUAAUUCUGCUUGCCUUUCUAAAGAAAAAAUAAAGUUCCAAGGAAAGGGAAGGGAGGCCUAAGGACAUGUGGGAAAUGGGUAUUAGGCCUUUUAACUUUUUGUUAAAUUAGUUUUAAUUUGGGGGGUGACUAUCAAGGUGCCCCCCCAAAUCCAUUUUAAAAAUGAGGGACUCUGAGACAACAGAUUUAUUUAUUUAUUUUUAAUAAGGGCUGGUGAGGUUCUCAUUCUGUUUUUUGGAGGGUGAAGUGUUGAGUAGGGUGGAGUUAAGGAAUGUCUGGGAAACAAAGAUGACUUGUUGUUUGGAAUAAGCAAGCCCAUACAAUUACUGUGGUGGGGAGAAGGAGGGGUUGUGUGUGGAGCAUCCAAAUGAGUAAAACCUCCCUUAUUUAGGAAGGUCCUCGUGUGACGGGGUGGGGUAGGCCCGUGGAUCCCUACACGAGGUGUGGCCUCAUCUCUCAGGCUUAUAUUUAAGUGCAAUUACUCUCUUUAACCUGGGGCAUCUGGGGUCCCACUAAAGUUUUAAUGGAGAGAGAUCUUCAGGGUUCUUGUUUUCCUUUCCCCUUAACAUGAUUACACUCUCUCUGCCCUACAUCCUCUGUACCAUCCCAGCUUACAGCAAGUACACCAGAGGACUGGCCUCCAAACCCCUUAACCCAUGCUGGCUUAACUGAGAAAAAGAUUUUCCUCACACUGCGUUUUGUAAAUGAUAUAAAUUAUAUCUUUUUAGUUUUUAAGAUGCAAUUUCUAAGAGUGAGGGAUGGUGUUAAGCUCCAUGCUGUGCCUUAAAAUAGAAGUACCUUCCCUCGCCAUAGAUUUCCAAAGUCCACAGACCAAUAAAGCAGAAAUUACCAUGACUUUAUAUUGUAUACUCAGGAGGUGAUCCUGAGCCCAGAGAACAGAGCCAGUUCUCUGAGCUCUGGCUCCUGUGUUCUUCCUUUCACCCCCAUGUCCAAGGUUCCAGGCACUUUACUUUUCAUUCAAUAAAGGAGCAUUUGAGUAAUGAUUGUCUAUUAGUUACUCAGACACUUCUGACUGGACUGUGUCCUCUUUUUCAAAGAGGCAGUACCCAGCCACAUAGCCGUAGGCAAGAGGACAGAAUUAGAAGCCAUUUUCUGGUCUGGAAACACAUGUACCCUGGACUGUUAAUAUUUUCUUCUUUCCCUCAAUCUCUAUCAACUGCAGGCUCAGUGAGUCAUACAGGCACUCGUCUCUGAAUAUUUUGUGGAUACCCAGUCACAAGUUAUUGUGUGUUGCCUCCUGUGUUUAAGCUGUUUAACAAAAUACAAGCAUGCUUCCAUGUAGAAUUCCUGUGCCCCCUCCUUCCCUCGGCUAUGUGGGUUGUGGGUCGAGGAAGUGAUGGAAGCUGUAUAGGAGUGGGGUGGGAAGGACCUUGGCCUCUCUCUGUGUUUAUAACUGGAUCUGUGAUUCAUCCUGUGAGUCAUUCAGUUCCACCUUCCUCCUCCAGCUACCCCUCCCAGCAGCCCUUGCUCCUGGCACAACCCUGUAACCAGAGUGGGGCUCUGAGAAUGGAAAAAUCUGAUAGAGCUCCUAGCCUCUCUGUUUCCUUUCCAUUCAGUGGACAUCUGCGUUUGUGCUGCAGUUGGUGAAAGUCUUCCUGUUACCUAACCCUCAACUGCAACCCCUUUGUGCUUCUGUUAGGUGAUGAUCAGAUCACUUGUCUGUUCUGACUAUUCCCUCUAUAUUCUGCCGUUCCCAUACCUAAGAUAUUAAAGAACAGAACGAGGCUCUUCGAAGAAAGUGGUGGGGAGAAGAAAAGUAGGUCAUGGGAUUCUAAACCACCAGGGGCACACCUGUUCCUUAUUACAUUACACACUUUAUUACAUUACAUAUUUUAUUACAUACACUGAGGUGUGUGGUGGGGUGGUGGUGGCCAGCAGCCUUUAGGACUUUUACAAUCAGGCUUCUAGGCCCGCUUGCUAGCAAGUACAUACCUGUUUGUUCCAGACUCUGCUCAUGCUAGCUUCACUAUUUCCACAGUUGCAGCCAACAAAGGGAACUUUGGAAGCUGAGGCUGUAAGGAUGUGUGCUGUGGGGAAGGGAAUGUUGAAUGUCACAGCCCCCACCUAAGGAUUGCUGCCUCUGUACAGACUCUAAAACAAUAAAACAGCAGCUCAUUAACACCUA